ACUCAAUUAAUUCCUCACAUACCCUCCAAAGCUCAAACAGUACUACUUUCUCUAGCACAUGCACACUUCUUUGCCCUUAGCAAAACCAAGCAAAAAACAAUACACAAUAUAGUGAUAAUGAUGGAGAAAGGAAAUGCUACUGUAGUUUCAGCUACAAGGUCUCCAAUGCAGGUUAUGAUGGCACCUGCUGCUGCUGCUGCUGCAACUGGUGAGGAGUUGGAAGGAAACACAACUUCCUUCUUACGCACUGCUGAGACAUUCCUGCGUCUUCUUCCAAUUGGUCUUUGUGUAGCAGCACUUGUUCUUAUGCUUAAGAAUUCCGAAGAAAAUGAUUAUGGCUCUGUUUCCUACAAUGACCUUGGAGCUUUCAGGUAUUUGGUGCAUGCAAAUGGCAUUUGCGCAGGUUACUCCCUACUUUCUGCUGUCGUUGUUGCUGCCCCCCGCCCCACUCUGCUUCGUGCUUGGACUUUCUUUUUCCUUGACCAGGUACUAACAUACAUAAUUUUGAGCGCUGGAGCUUCAUCCAUGGAGGUGGUGUACCUAGCUGAGAAUGGAGACAGUGCAACAGUAUGGAACUCAGCUUGUGGCUCUUUUGGUCAAUUUUGUCACAAGGUCACAGCUUCAGUAGCUAUCACAUUUGUAGCACUUUUUUGCUAUGUGAUUCUUUCCCUCAUUUCCUCUUUCAAGCUAUUCAGCAAUUAUGAUGUCCCAGCAAGUUGCCCUAAUACUACAGGCAAUGAUCACAACAUUGCUCCUGCUUUCAAUGGCUAGCUUACCCUAAUGUUUGUUGUGUUAUGGGAUAAUAUUAUUAAAUUUUCUAUGUUUUAUGAGUCAAGGUAGCCAUGGCCAAUAAUAAUAUUGGAUGUAUGUAUGUAUGUAUGUAUAACCAGACCUUUGUUUAUUUUAUAUAGAACAUGCUUCAUGGAUGA